AUGAUUGAAACGGAUACAGAACAAAAAGGCUUAAGAACAAAAAUAGACGAUCUUCAAAACGUGCUAAGUGACUUGUCUUCCGAGCCUUGCAUCCUCACAGAAAAAAAGGCUAGUUUAAUAAACCCUUUUAAUCUUAAGUUAUAUGAAGAAAAAAAAAGCACUAUUACAGAAUUUUUGAAUAAAGAAAAAAGAGAAGCUUAUGAUGAUAUGGAAAAUUUUAAAAAUAACAUGCUCAAAAAAAUUAGCAUAAUAAAUGAAAAAAAUGAAGAUAUUAAAAAGCAGUUAGAUAUUUUAAUGGCGGAAAGAAAUAAAAAUUUGUGCUUCAUCAAAAACUUGGAAACAAAACUUGGAAAUAUUAAAAAGAUCAUCAUGUAA